AUGGAUUUUGUUACACCAACCAAGCAGAAGGAGCUGAGGACCGCAUUUCAAAAACUGGGAACUACAGUAGUAGUAGUCUACGGGCCUCCAGGAUCAUCAAAGACUCACAGCAUAAGGAGGACCGCAGAUGCUCUAAGCCUAACUAUAGAAUACAUUGAGGAUGUUGGAGUAUACAGAGGUAUGCUCCCAGUCCCGAAUACAAUAUGUCUUACCGAUCUGGAUGAUUAUGAGUAUUUGUCUAAGCACAGGAGUAGACUGGUGAAAAUGAAAAACUUGGUGAUUGAAACCCGUACAUUGCUUUCCAUUGGCAAGAUCCUCCCGGAUGCUGUUAUUGUAAAGUUUGGGAAAGUUUCUAACAGAAAGAUCCUGAAGUUCUAUAACUUAAGUGAGGAGGAAGCCUUGGUGGUUGACGGAAAUCUACAUGCUGUUGAGUUUUGCAAAUAUUCUGUAAGGAAUGAAGCAAUAUCGAUAUUCCACUUACUUGGUAGGCUGUUCCAUUCAAAGGAAACUAGUGUGUCUAAAGCCUGUGAGAUGGCCAAUAUGUAUGGUAGGGAUAGGUUCUUUGGAUAUGUAAUGGAGAACUGCUCUUUCUUCAUGUCUAUAAGUGAUAUUCAAAGGCUUAUUGAAGGGCUUAGUGUUGAUGAUCUAGGAGGAGCACAAUUGGAACGCUUAGUGUGGAUUAUUAUGGAUUCAAAGAAGAGUAGCCCAAAGGGUUUUUUUAGCUUCAGGUCAUUCCGAGGGGUCAGCAAUGAGCAUGUGUGUAAUAGUAUUUGCAUGAACAGGUGA